GCAAACCAGGAAGUACUGUUCUGGGUUUCAACCACACCUCAUGGUUUAAAAUAAAUAAAGCGUCUCCGAAAUGUAUAAUAUGUUCUGAUAUGUUUUACUUCUUUAGUUGUUUGGGGGAACCAACGUGAUUUUUUUUAAAUCCGUGGAAUUCAUAUUCUCUGACAAGACGUGAUCAAUGUAAACAGCCAUGGCACAGAACUGCCUGCCUGGCAUGGAAGCAUCAGCAGUGUCUGUACUCAGGAGAGCUGUAGAGCUUGAUCAGGGUUCACGCUUUCAGGAGUCUCUUGUGUGCUACCAGGAGGGCAUUCAACUACUUAUAGACGUUCUCAAAGCGUUAAAGGAUGAAUCCAAAAAAGUCCACUACAGAGAAAAGAUCAAGGGUUACAUGGACCGAGCUGAGCAGAUAAAGGUGCACCUAAACAAACUGAAAGAAGAAGGGAAAUACCAUGAGCAAAUUAAAAUCACUGACAACGCCACAGGUUUCAGCUAUGAGACCCUUUUCCAGGCGUAUGUUAAAGAAGGAGUAACUGAAGUCUGGGUUGAGGACCCUUAUAUUCGCCAUGUCCACCAGCUGUAUAACUUCCUGCGAUUUUGUGAGAUGCUGCUGAAGACCAAAUGUAAUGUUAAGAAGAUUAAUCUUCUGACUUCACAAGAUGAAGGUAGUUCCUCCCAGCAGGAGAGUGCCCUAGCAGAAAUCCGACAGUCUUUGCAGAAUCACGACGUUUGUCUGGACAUUAAGUACUCCUCCACUAUUCAUGACAGGGAGAUUAGAUUUGAUAAUGGUUGGAUUAUCAAGAUUGGAAGAGGGCUUGAUUAUUUUAAGAAACCUAAGAGUCGGUUCUCUGUUGGCUACAGCGAAUAUGACUUGAGAGAAUGUCAUGAAACUACAGUUGAUGUCUUUCAUACAAAGCACACCAAGCAGACAUGACCAAAAAGACUAUUUGAAUUCAGUGUAUUUAAGUUAUGCUACACAUAUGGAUGAAGUUGUUUGUACCCUUGUUGGUAUCCUCCUUUAAAUGACGAAAAACCCACAAUGGUUGCUGACAAAAUUUUAAAACUGAACUUUUACCGAACGUUGACUAAUGAAUAUCAGACAUUUGAAUUGUAAUUUAACAGAAUAAUUUAACCGAACCAAUGAAACUGGCCUGGACAAAUUAGUUGGCACCCUGAAGAACGAUUAAAUGUUAUUUGAUCCUGUAUUUAGCAUCACAAAGAAAGCAAAGGACAGAGUUUGCUAAGGCAAUUAUCAACAAUAAUAUCAAAACUAAAGGCUGUAAGAUCUCUAAACACCUUAGUUUUUAUGUGCUUUCAUUUGCAAAUAUUAUUACGAGAUUUGCAGAUUAAUCUUAGAGUCAUCAUACCAUAUGUAUACUACUGGCCAUCACACUAUGAUGCUUGAGUUCUUAGACCUUGGGUAAACUUUGGUGUAAAGGCCACCGUUGAGCAUGAUAGAUGUGACCCUGCUGUUGUCUGUGGUAGAAAUGGACUCAGAAUGAAGACCAUUGAAAUGUUGGGAACAAAUCUUUUUUUUUUUCUUUUAGUUACUAUUAUUAAAUUUUCUAUAAGGUACAUUAUACCUAGAUCUACAUUAUAAAUAAACUUUCUGCAAACCUAUUUACAUUUUAGUAAAUUUUACAUGGCUGGGAACCUGUGAAAUAAUAUCAACUAACUACUGUAUAUGUUUGUAAAAUUUCCAACUCUAUUUCUAUUAUAUUUCUAAAAGCACUUGUUGAUUAUCUGUUCAUGUAAAUGACUUUAAAGCCUUACAUGGUGGAGUUUGAUAUGUGUGUGAUGCAAUUUGAUAACAUUGUUUGUAAUAAAAUAUUAAC